AUGCGUUAUGGGGGUCCCUCAGGGGGUGGUGGCGGCGGAGGAAGUGGGGGGUACAGUGGGGGUGGAGGGGGUGGGGGCGGAUACGGUGGGGGUGGUGGUGGAGGUCACAAAGAAGAGCAAUACCCACCGCGACCCUACAACUUUGCCUACGCCGUGAACGACCACUACUCGGGGGCCAACUUUGGUCAGAUGGAGAGGAGCGACGGGAAUGUGGUGAACGGAGAGUACAGAGUCCUCCUUCCUGACGGACGAACGCAGAUCGUGACCUACAAUGCUGAUUGGAAAAAUGGCUUCAAUGCCGACGUGAAGUACCAGGGCGAGGCCAAGUACCCUGAGCCAUCUGGCGGUGGUGGUUACGGAGGGGGUGGUUCCGGUGGGGGCGGCGGCGGCGGUGGUUAUGGAGGGGGUUCCAGUGGGGGCGGUGGAUCAAGUGGUGGUUAUGGAGGGGGUGGUUCCAGUGGGGGUGGCGGCGGUGGGAGUGGCUAUGGUGCCCCCUCCGGUGGUGGAGGAGGCGGUGGAUAUUCGGGAUAAGUUUUUUCAUUUUCUUGAUACAUUUCUUGUUACCUGCGCCAUCGCCAUCGCUUCGACCCUUGACUGACCUGAGAGGGACUUGACUUAUCUACGAGGCCCUCCUAGCACACACUCGCAACGAAAAGGUGUGGCCACUUUCCCUUAAAAAAUUUUCAAACUUUCAGCAUUCUCUGUUCAAUACUCGCAUGCGAAUUCUGCUCCGUGCAUAUGCAUGGUAUAAAAAGAUCUCUCUGUAACAUAUUCUUAUACUCUCUUAUACAUGAAGGUCGUGAAAUGACGACCCCUUAUUUUUAUUGUUUCAUUGUGCUGUCAAUACAAUACUUCAACACGCUAGUUUAAUUCAAUGUGGAAAAAUAAAUUUUUAAAAUCCAUCGA